UUCGGCCGAUAGAUCGACUAAUCAAAUUUGUGCUUACGGAAAGAGGAAGAAGAAGAAAGUGUGACGAACCUUAUACUAAGGGUAUUCAUUAGUCGGCGUUCGGUUGGAGGGGAAGAGGGUUAAAAGGCUGCAAUAGUCUUUGGAAUGCAAGAUCUUUUAACGAUGAUUCUCAAUGCGGAAACAUGAAACUUUGCGCGGCUCACGUUUACUGGAUGCUACUCUUCACAUCUGUUCUCUCUAGUACACUUCUCUUUUUAAUCGUUGCUUCAGAAAGUAUACAAAAUAAUAAAUUUAUUGGACCAGACAGAAAUCAAGCCUUUAUAGAAGAAAAGAAUGCUACUUUUAUCAAAAAUGUUAAAGAUCGAUCAGAAACAAAUAGUCAAGAAAAUUCUAAUAUUAAAGGACCUUCCUCGAUAAAUGCGGAAGUUAAUGAUCAAGCCAAUGAAGAUAUACAGAAACGAGUUUUAGCUAGUGUCGAUGCAUCUAAAGAAAAUGAAGAAAACCAAUUUCCAGAAGAAAUAGGAAUUUUAAAAGAAAGUUUAACUCAUCGACCAAAUUCGUCCGAAGGAAUAUCCGACGGGGGCGAGCAAGCGGUCGUCUUGACACUUGUUAAGACCGCGUCGAGCUUGCAGGGUCUGACAUCUGCUCGAACGGACUUCCGCUCAAAGCCUGAAAGCAAUGGCUCCGCGGGCGUGGCCUCCGGCGAGCAAGGGAUCGACGAGGAUCUCAUCGGCAUAUCGAAGCUACUCAAGGGCAAUGAGAGCACGACCAAUGAGACGGGCUUCUACGAGGACAAUGCCGAUAGUGUCGUGGUCGUCAGGGCCAAACAGAAGAGCCCUUCGAGCAUUAAGUUGGAGUUGGAUCUUGAGGUGGAGAAGCAGCAGCCCGAUGAGCUUACACGUCAAAAUGAUGAGGAGACGGAAGAGGGGGAACCUAUCCAGCAAAUACAAAAUAAUAGCCCAACAGCAGCGCCGGAUCUAAACGACAGCGCCGCAAGGGCGAGACUCACCGGAAGUGUGGACGAUAACGCAGCCGUGAUUCUCGAUAGCAUCGUCACCGCUGGUCCGAGUGACGUAACGCACGAAGAAAUACCCUCUUUCAACGAAUGGGCACAGAAGAGACUGGAAGAAGUGGAAAAAAAGAAGGCUCAUCCAAAUGCGUCGGUGCAAACGGCGAACGGUUCUCCGGGUCGUAACCUCGGCAACAUCCGGAUGCGCUCCAAGAAUUAUGCGUCGCCAGAUUGUGGCGCAAAGAUCGUCGCUGCGAAUCCAGAGUCACGUAGUGCCCGGAGUAUCCUCGUAUCCACUCGUGACGAAUAUAUGCUGAAUACUUGCACGAGUCGCGUGUGGUUCGUCGUCGAGCUCUGCGAAGCCAUACAAGCCAAGAAGAUCGAAUUGGCGAACUUCGAGCUCUUCAGCUCCUCGCCAAAGGACUUGUCGGUUUACGUAAGCGAUCGCUUUUCCACUCGUGGUGAUUGGUCGAUUGUGGGCCAGUUUACAGCCCGCGAUGAAAGAGAUGUGCAAAGCUUUUCACUGCAGCCACAUCUUUUUGGAAAGUUUAUCAAAGUGGAGUUGCAUUCGCAUUACGGAUCCGAGCACUUUUGUCCGAUAUCGUUAUUUCGGGCUUAUGGAACGAGCGAGUUUGAGGUACUGGAAACCGAGACUGAGACGGAGUUACACGAUGAUAAUCACGGACACGAAUCCAAUACUAGAGGUAAAAUCGACGCAAGCUCGGACGCGGAGAGUGAAGAUGACGACGAUGAGGAUGCUGUAUUUGAGGAUGAGGAGGAUAGUACGAGUGAUCGACGAGGUCAUCUUUUUGGUAGCGCUCGUGAUGCUGUGAUAAGUAUUGUUAAAAAGGCUGCCGAAGUAUUGGUAAAAAACGAUGAUUUAAAGUCUGACAAUGAAACUAACACUCAAGAAAACCAAAGUAAUGAUGUACUUAAUGAUGCAACUAUUAACGACUGCAUGACACCUGCGUACAACAUAAUUUGUCCCGAAUGCGACGAUGACAAUCAUUUCUCGCGGAUCUUUCAGCUGAUCAGCUGCAGGCGACCUUACUUUGAAUCACUGUUGAAUGCAGCUUUCGUCAGGCAGAUUCUUAGCAGAAGUCAUUUGUGCUAUGAUACUGAGGGUAGAAAGAAUAAAAACUAUGACGUUCAAGCCCAGUUGUUCUCGUUAUUUUUCACUUCUGAUUACAUAAUAGUUUUAUGCAACGUCUUAGCAGUAAAAGAAAAUAGAUUACCCAUGAAUAUGACUCGAGGAGAUCAACAAAUGACCAACAGAGUACCAAAUGAGACACGAAUGGAGCAAAACAGCGAAAUGCUAUUAACCACCAAAGACGAGAGAUUCGCGUCGACACGUCCUAUAGAUGUUGUAGCGAGCUUCGACAGUGAUAAAACCAAAGUACAAAUACCUGUGAUAAAAUCGAAAGUUGAAGCGGCAACAGAAAGUCAAACAAUCGAGAACUUUGCGACGCAGAUAAAGCCGACCAAAACAACUGUUUUGAAUGAUGAAGUAAAGAAACAGUCUUUCGAUACGAAUCUUGAAUCCAGUAGAAGUCAACAGUCCGAAGAUUAUGAAAUAUAUCAAUAUGAAAACUCAAUAACAACGGAGUCGCCUGUACCUGUUGUUACUAAACGAAUCUCUAUUAAUUCGCCAAAAACAUCGUCGGGAUCACAAGAGCACGUUCAGUGCUCUCAGGAAGGAGCUUCGCAGCAGGAUGUUGCAAUUUUAGGAACAGUAUCCAAGUCAUCCCAAAGCUUAGAUAGUACUCAGAAAUUAAACCAAAAAAGCGGAAAUAUUGAAUUGGGUGAAAUGGAAUCGGAAAGUGUGGAAGAAGCGGAACAAAAGUUAAAAGUGGAUCAAACGGAUCAGGACUCUAAAACAAUUAUGCAGGAUCAACUGAACUUCGAAGGUUUCGAUUUUAAGGAUCUGGAUGUGGAGAGUUUACAAAAUAAUGGGGCAGCUAAAAAUGAUGCUUCUAUCACUCAGCAAACAGCCAGUGCUACAACGCCACAGCAGAAGGAGUCUGUUUUUCUACGAUUAUCCAAUAGAAUUAAAGCACUGGAGCGUAAUAUGUCUUUGAGUAGUCAAUAUCUGGAGGAGUUGAGCCGUCGGUACAAGAAACAAGUCGAGGAGAUGCAACGUUCUCUCGAGCGAGCAAUGACUGCUAUGAACGAAGAGACGCGUAAAGGUGACGAACGAGAGUAUAAACGCCUCGAAGAAGUCACUGUUCUACAUAAUCAGAUUGACAGUCUGGGGAAAGUUCUAGAUGACCUGAUCUAUGAGCGCAACAGUUGGCGCAUUAGCUUUUCAUCAUUAAUGCAGCACGCAUUAUUUGUUUUCGUUGAUGUAAUUCUGGUCAUUCUCAUAUUUUCUUAUUGUAAACGUACGGAUAAUGAUCUGGAUUAUUUGGGUGAGGAAGAAAGCGAGCAGACUAUUGUAAUAAAACGGCCGCGUGGGACAAAUUAUGAAAUGGCAAAACAACAGUGUACCCAAUUGACGAAGAAACCGAAGAAACGGAGACCUAGCGAGAUAGCCUCCCAAGUUUCCGGUACUUAUGAUCAAUUAAUGAUCGAGGACUCGAUAUCGAUUAAUCAAUUAUCAAGGAGGGAUAGGCGAAAGAAACGAAAGAAGGAUUCUAUUAUAUUAAGAACUUCCUCGAUUAAAGAAACUAAUAGUAAUGGCAAGGGUGAUGGAGAUUUCACAAGUAUAUCGACGUUGCCUUCAAGAAGUUCCUCGGCCAACGAUGCACUUUACACGAUUAACCACGCUGACGAUGAAGUUUAUUUCGCAAAAGAAUCGCAUAAGUAUGGAAGACCUGGAUCAGCGCCCGAUAAUUCUAUCGAUUACUUCAGUAAUCCAUUACAAAAUCAACAAAUACAGUACGAUGGGAAAGUGCAGACUAUUAAUAUGGAUGAGAAUCAUGACGAAACUAGCAACGGCAAUGAUAUGGUGUCACUCGGUUCACAAGUAUUGGAAUCCACAGUACUUGAGGAUGAUUUAUUUAUACAGGUCGAGUGUAGUCCAAGCAAAAAUUUCAUCAAACCAAAAAAAUUAUCAUCUCCGUCAUUCAUAAAAACAGCCUUAGCUUCAAGAAGUAAACGAAUAUCUUUUUCGGGAGGUAGUAAAAAGAAACAAUCUCAGAGCUCAGAUAAUAAUUUAAUUAAAUCCCCGAACGAUAAGAGAUGUGAUGGAAAAAUCGAUUUGAUGGCCGAGUUAGAAAAUAGUAACGAUGCUGUCGAUGAGCACAAUAACGGACGUACAACAAACGGCCAUGUAGAGGAGAGUGACGAAUCAAGAAGUAGCAGUGCAACUCCAACAGCGAACUGGAACAAGAAAGAAAAGAAAAGUAACGGUUUGAAGAAAAUGGUGAGAAAGUUCUUUUGAUUGAAGUAGAAAGAGCUUGUAUUUAAUAGUUAUGCGAAGACUGAAUAUAUCUAUCAAGUACUUUUCGAGUACAUAGACAUUUGCCUGCGUAGUUCUUUAUUAUGCAAGAUAAUGUAGAAAUGAUGAUAAUGACGCCAACGACAAUGAUUGUGCAAGUGAAAAAAGAUUGACGCUGUUUCGAAAACUUGGUAGUGUUUUGGAUUCAUAAAAAAAAUU